GCGAAUGGGGGCGUGUGAAGAUGGCGGCGCUCAUGAUGAGAGUUGGUCCAGGAUCUUUCGCUUCUGCUCGGGUUUACAGACCCGCUCUGUGUUCCGCUGCUGCCGCAAUACUCAGAUCCGUCAGUGUGUCUGCCACACAGUCAAGCUCAUUACCAGAGAGGGUUAAGAUCGUUGAGGUCGGACCCCGAGAUGGACUUCAGAAUGAGAAGACCGUCGUUCCAACGGAGGUGAAGAUCCGUCUGAUCGAUAUGCUCUCCGAGGCCGGACUCCCUGUCAUUGAGGCCACAAGUUUUGUCUCACCUAAAUGGGUCCCUCAGAUGUCCGAUCAAGAGGAAGUGAUGCGUGGUCUCCACAAGAAAGCUGGCGUGAACUACCCCGUUCUGACCCCUAAUCUGAAGGGCUUCCAGGCUGCUAUGAAGGCUGGUGCAAAAGAGGUGGCAAUAUUUGGUGCUGCAUCAGAGCUCUUCAGUAAGAAGAACAUCAACUGUUCAGUGGAUGAGAGUCUUCUGCGCUUUGAGGAGGUGAUGAGAGCAGCCAAUCAAGAGGGGGUUCCUGUGAGAGGUUAUGUGUCAUGUGUGCUGGGUUGUCCAUAUGAAGGGAAGGUAUCGCCGAACAAAGUGGCAGAGGUUGCAAAGCGACUGUAUUCCAUGGGCUGCUAUGAGAUUUCACUUGGUGAUACUAUUGGAGUGGGCACUCCGGGUGGCAUGACGGAGAUGUUGAAUGCUGUGAAGAAAGAGGUUCCUGUGGAGGCUUUAGCGGUUCACUGUCAUGACACUUAUGGACAAGCACUCGCUAACAUACUUGUAGCAUUACAGAAUGGGGUAAGUGUUGUGGACUCAUCCGUUGCAGGGCUGGGAGGCUGCCCUUAUGCCCAAGGGGCUUCUGGGAAUGUUGCAACUGAAGAUGUGGUCUAUAUGCUGCACGGACUGGGAAUCCAUACUGGAGUGGAUCUGCCCAAACUGUUGGACGCUGGCUCAUACAUCUGUCAUUCACUCAACAGAAGGACAAAUUCAAAAGUAGCUCAGGCCUCCUGCAAGCUCUGAACUCUUCUUUCUCUUUAUAGAGAUUAUAGUCUCUGGUAUGAUGACAUUACUCUUUUGGAGCUCACACUACAUUACCCUUUCGUACACAGUGAAAUCUCUUCAUUUCUAACAUUUUUCAAGUAUUUCUAAACAGUGAAGCUGGACAUUGGGGAUCAGCACAUCCAUACUCUACUGUGAAUGGAUGACUGAGUCUAGUGGUGAAAAGGGUGCUUGUGAGCUCAUAUCAAACAAUAUUCACAGCCACAGACCCAAACUGUUCUCUUGUGUCUUGAUUUCUGGUGACAGGCAAUCUUUAUAUAUUUAUAUUUCUAAUGAAUUAAUUAAAUAUUUUACAUAGUGCUG